AUUACUUUACAUGAUUUCUAGCAAACGCAUGCAUAGUGUUAAUUAGCGAAAUGACCUCUUCUGCUCUUGCUUAAUGCACUCUACUAACUUCUGGAUGCUAUUCUCUUGGGUAAUGAAUCAAACGCUUCUCGUAUGAUCAUGGAGAUUUAUCAGGAAUGAAUCUUGCCCUGCUUCAAACAUGUAUCAACAAGAAAGUUUCUCGCGUUAUACAGUGUCUCCUGAUUCUAUCACAAUGUAGGCCUUUUUCUGUUCAAAAUUUGAAGCAGAAAACACAAAACAAGAAACUAGACGGGGCCCUGAGAGUCCUAGACAUUAUAUCAGCUAAACCGAAUGUUCAUACCAAUAGGAAAAAUCAUCUACGGCUCAUUCAGGACUUUUUGCAAACAGAGUCAAAACAGUCGAGUUCGCUGCAUUCUGGAGAUGAUUUUGGACUUUUCAGUUCAAAGGAAGGUGUUUCGAGCGUUUUUGAGGAAAUUUUGGAAUUCUUUACUGUGAAUAAAGACAGUCAGGAUUCCGCAAAGGAUAAUCUUCGUAGAUAUGGAUGUGGAUCGGGUGUUAGUGUUUUGUCAAAUGCUGUAAGUUCAUGUGGGUCUUCUCGGAAUCUUCGUGGAGGUGUUGGGUAUCAUUGCUUGAUAAUAAGAACUGGGUUUGUAGCUAAUGUUUAUGUGGGAACGUCUUUGAUUAAUAUGUACGGUAAAUGCAGCGAGUUGGAGAGUGCGUAUAAAGUGUUUGAGGAAAUGCCUCUUAGAAAUGUAUUUUCAUGGACUGCUUUGAUUUCUGGGUUUGCACAGGAAUGGCAGGUUGAUAUGUGCUUGGGGCUUUAUUCUAUGAUGAGAAAGUCGACAGCAAAUCCUAACGAUUUCACGCUUACAAGCAUUUUGAGUGCUUGCACAGGCAGCGGGGCUCUCGGGCAAGGGAGAAGUGCUCACUGUCAAACAAUUCAAAUGGGUUUUGAUUCGUAUCUCCAUAUUGCUAAUGCCCUCAUUUCAAUGUAUUCUAAAUGUGGGAGCCUUGAGGAAGCGUUUUACAUAUUCAAUAACAUGUUGAACAGAGAUGUCGUGUCGUGGAAUUCCAUGAUCGCAGGAUAUGCUCAGCAUGGGCUUGCAGCACAACUUUAG